UACUGUGACAAGUUUUGCAUCCAUAACCAUCCAAUCACAAGAAUUGAGGAUUGCCAAUGAUAGCCUUGGAAGGUUUUUGAGUUCGGACAUUUGAUUGAAGACAGCAUCAUGGGUGCAGUUUGUUGCUGCUUGCGAGAUGAAUGUGAAGAUUUUGCCAAUCCAAACAGCUCAAUAUAUAGGAACUGCAUAUGCCUUCGAUGUUUUGUUCAAAACUUCUUGCACAUGUAUGCAUCAUUGUUUCAUAGAGGAGAACAACAUGCCAUUGCUUCAUCCACUCAAGGUACAACAUCUUUGAGUUCCUCAGCAUCCCUUGAUAACUCACUAUCUGAUAUGUACCGCUCUCCUCCAAGACCACUUCCUUACGAUGCCGAUCCAAGAUACUUCCGCUUGCAACGCGAUGGGCUAGUCUCAAGAAGGGAGAAAGGCUCAAGUCACUCGCAUGAGGAAACUGAACCACUACGAAGAAGUGAUAUUGAUGAUGAUUCUGAAUCUUUGGGUACGGGUAAUAAAUGGAAGGAGUCUGUAUGUGAAGAAGGAUCAAAAGAAUAUAAUUCCAAGUCAUUGAAACACUCAACAGCUAAAACAACUACUGAAUUUACUCAAAUUUGUUAUUCUUCAGAAGAUGAAGAUGUCUGCCCUACAUGUCUUGAAGAAUAUACUGAAGAAAACCCAAAAAUAAUGACAAAAUGCUCUCACCACUUCCACUUGGGUUGCAUAUAUGAGUGGAUGGAGAGAAGUGACAACUGUCCAGUAUGCGGCAAGGUGAUGCUAUUCAACGAGUCGCCAUGAUCUUUACUCUUAAAAAGCUCUAGUCGUGGAUGAAACCAGCAGGAGAUAAGGGCAACAACUAAUAAACCAGAAAAGCUAAUCAAUGUAAAGUCAUUGUGAAUAUCUGUCCAGCUAAAUGUGUGACCAUACAUCAGUAAAAAUGAAAUUUUUGUUCAAUGCAACUUUCUGUUUGGAACUUUCGAGUUCAUAUUGAUCAUUUGAUGCAACAGAAAACAGUUUCAAAGCACUUUAUGUAAUCUUGUUUUGAUUUGAUGAAUGAUUUCUCCCAGUGUAUAGCACAUUGUUCCUACUUUCACAAUUUGAA